ACGUCAGCAGCAGCAGCAGCGUCAGCAGCACUAACAGUUGCUGUUUGUCGCUGUUUUGUGCAUUGACAAUAAUAUGAGGAGUGGCAGUUCCGAAUUGCUACUCGAGCAGCAGCAGCAGCAGCAACAGCAGCAGCCACUUACAGAGGAGCAACAGCGAUUACGUAAAAUCCGUGAACUGGCACCAAAAAAGAAAAAUGGCAAUCGUCGGUUUCGUUCGUGGCGCGAACGUGUUCGCUUUUAUUCGACAUCGACGUUUGCGUUCCUCUCGGUAACAGCGGGCGCCUCACUGUUAUUUCUCGUCCCCCUCUAUGUGGAUCCGGCGAUAUCGACGCUGAGCCACGAUUUCAUUGAUCGUCCGACGCUGUGCACGACGACGCGACGCGAAGAUCUCGUCGGCAUCUUCAACUGUUCGUGGAGUUCGUGUCGCGAGGGCUGCACCUCAGAUCUGUAUCGGUGUGUGCACAUUUAUGUUACGUUCAUUGAGGAGAAUAUAACGAUACCGCUCAAUAUGACCGAUUACACUAAUUAUACGUCGGAGUGGGAACAGUCGAGCGAAGCGACACUGUUAGUUAACAUUAAGGGUUGCGGUUAUCCCCCGACGGUGACUUGCAAGAAAUUCAAUGGCUAUUAUGGCAUCGAAGGCGCCAUCUAUCCGUGCUUUUAUUCGCGCAAGAAUAAAACGGUUGUGCUCACCACGUACAAUCAUGACGAUCAGGUGGCGCUAAUCAUUAAUUUCUUCGUCGUCCCCUUUGUGAUAACGGUUAUCUCGUCGAUCGCACUCUGCGUCAUGCACUGCGACUGCCGCUGCAAAAAGGAUCGCAGCCAUCGGCGGAAUCGGCCGCAGUGCCGCAGGCCACGCAUCGAGAAUCUCAGGUGAGUAACGACAGGCGAUGAG